GUGAAGCGUCAGAUUUGAACCGAAGGGCUAGGAUCAACCCAAUCUAGCGGGCGUGUCCCCUCACGCUGCGAGCUUCGCUUCCUCCCCUCACCGAAACCCUUCCGCCGCCGCCGCCGCCGCCGCCGCGAAGCUCGCGAGCAAUGGAGGUCGACGGCGAAGCCCGCCCCUUCCUCCUCUUCUCCAAGCCCAAGUCCAGCAAGAAGAAACCCAAGCAGGAAGCCGAGCCCCAAGUCCAUACCCAGCCAGAAGAACCCCCAAACCCUAGCCCCUCCCCCGCCAUCGAGCCCGACCUCCGCGACUCCGACGAGGCCCCCGCCGCCGCCGUGACCGAGCACGCCGGCGAUGAUGCUGCCGCUGCCGCGGUGCCCUCCACCUUCGCGGAGCUCGGCCUGUCGCAGUGGCUGGUCGACGUGUGCGAUUCGCUGGGGAUGCGGGUCCCCACGGCGGUGCAGCGGCGGUGCAUCCCGCGGGCGCUCGAGGGGAGGGACGUGCUGGGGAUCGCGGAGACGGGGAGCGGGAAGACGGCCGCGUUCGCGCUGCCCAUCCUCCACCGCCUCGGCGAGGACCCAUACGGCGUCGCGGCGCUCGCGCUCGCGCCCACGCGGGAGCUGGCGGCGCAGCUCGCCGAGCAGUUCCGCGCGCUCGGCGCGCCGCUGGGGCUCAGGUGCCUCGCGGCCAUCGGCGGGUUCGACUCGCUCGGGCAGGCCAAGGGCCUCGCGCGCCGGCCGCACGUCGUCGUCGCCACCCCCGGCCGCAUCGCCACGCUCAUCAACGACGACCCCGACCUCGCCAAAGUCUUCGCUCGCACCAAGUUCCUUGUGUUGGAUGAGGCAGAUAGAGUUUUAGAUAUUAAUUUUGAGGAGGACCUGCGAGUGAUAUUUGGCUCUUUACCAAAGAAGCGCCAAACUUUUUUGUUCUCAGCAACAAUUUCAGACAACCUGCGAUCUUUGCUUGAGCUUUCUGGCAACAAUUCAUACUUUUUUGAGGCAUAUGAAGGGUUCAAAACGGUUGAUACCUUAAAGCAGCUGUAUAUCCAUGUACCUCCUGAUGCUAAAGAGCUCUAUCUUUUCUAUCUUCUGUCAAAAAUGAACGAAGACAAUAUACGUUCGGUGAUUGUGUUUGUCUCAACCUGCAGGACAUGCCAAUAUUUGGAUUUUCUGUUGGAAGAGCUUGGUCAUCCUGCUGUUUCCUUGCACUCUCAUAAGCCUCAGUCGAGAAGGCUGGCAGCAUUGCAUAAUUUCAAAUCCAGUAAGGUUCCAGUUUUGCUUGCUACUGAUGUAGCCAGUCGUGGUUUGGAUAUCCAAACAGUUGAUCUUGUUAUCAACUAUGACGUUCCAAGGUACCCACGAGAUUACAUCCAUAGAGUUGGACGAACUGCAAGAGCUACUAGGGGAGGGCUCUCGAUAAGCUUUAUCACAACCCAGAGAGAUAUACGUCUGUUACAUGAGAUAGAGGAUGUUGUGGGGAAGCAAUUAGGUGCAUAUGAUGGCGAGAUGAGAGAUGUCAAUAAAGAUGCUACAAAGGUAUUCAAAGCGAGGCGUCUUGCGAAUAUGAAGAUGGCAGAUGAGGGCCAUGAAGACAAGGUACAAGCCAGAAAAGAACAGAAGAAAAGAGCUCAAGAAAGAAAGCGGAAACACGAUGAGUGAAGCUGGCUAUAAAAUGGUUUGGCUUGUGCUCUUGACAUCGUCUCGACGAUUCUUCUCCUGUGUUGAUCACAGAAAGAAACGGUGAAAUGAAAUUUUGUAGCGAUGGAUGUAAUAUUGAGUAGGUAGGUGCAAUCACAUGUAAUCACUAGAUCUCUCAAAUCAAAUGUACUACUGGUCUUUACCAGUGGCACUUGGUAUUUGUCACCAUUGACCAGUGACUUACUUUAUUUCAGCUUAACGGCUAAUAACCUUUAAAUAUCAAAUUUUGAUGAACGAAA